CCAACCCAAACCAAAACCAGAUGGCCCUCGAAUACGAACACAAUCAGAGUAGAGGUGAAGGUAAAAUUACCGAGAAAAAGGGAGGCAUCUCCGGUGAUGGAAGGGUGGGGUGCGGAGCAGGAAUGUGCAUGUUCCUGCCCGGCUUUUCCAAGGGGAGGCAAGUAAAGGAAAGAAACGCCGAUGAGGAAGACGGGUAUGUCAUCUCUAGGAUCGCGUCUCUUGAAAGGUUCGAGUGUGGAUCCUGGGCCUCCUCCGCAAUCCCAAGCGACGGGGAGCGGAGCCGGCAACUGUAUUUCGACCUUCCAUCAGAGUUGAUAAGGGCCGGCAUGAACGAGACACACUCCCCAGUCACCACUGCUUUCGUUUUCGGAAGUGGAAGGUUCGGGGGUGUGCUAAAGAAGAGCAACUCCCCAAGGAAGUCAUCUUCGAACCGCCAUGUUCAAUUCUUUGCAGCAUCAAUGCCAUCUUCUCCUUCAUCAUCCACCUGUGUCACCCCACGUCUUCGCAAAGCGGGGGAGUCAUCGUCAUCGUCGUCGCACCGCCAUUUUCACUUCUUUGCAGCAUCAACACCAUCCUCUCCAUCAUCUACUUCUGUCACUCCCCGCCUUCGCAAAGCGAGGGAGGAGUUCAAUGCAUACCUAGCUGCUGCGCAGAAUGCUUAG